AUGCAUAUUUCCGUGUAUUCAAUUUUUGCCGAUGAACAGAUCAGUGUGCAAAGUAGUGUUGGUGCAGAAGGUGAGCAUGUGGAUAUUGUGGAUGGCUUUUCCUUUGUUUCUUUUAAUAGUUUGGAGGAGCUGAAUACAUAUACACAGAAACAGAGGGGGAAGUUAGAUAAGAGACACUGUCCAUGGUUGAAAAGGAAGUUGAAGAGGAGAAAGAAACUAUUGAAGGCCAAGAAGAAAGGAACGGAAGAAGUGAAGAAUUCAAAUGAAGAAAAAGGAGACCCAAGCAUAUCUAGUGAACAUUCCCAAGAAAGUAGUAGUCUUAACAUUUCUGGAGCAUUUUCAAGCAAUGAUUUGGAUACUUACCUGAACAACAAUGCACAUCUCAAUAUAAGCUAUGCCAUACCAAAGUGCAAAACGACAGAGGAGGGAGUCACUAGACUUGGGGAGGGUGAACUGCUAGAAGAUGUUAAACGAGCAGAGCUCCCAGUGAACUUUCCCAACCCAGUGCCAAGUGAGAGCCAACCCAGUGAUACAGGCAACAAUGGAGGAAGUCUACCCACAGGAGAGAUGGAAUCAUUGUCACAUGACCAGAUACAUUAUGAAGAAGUUAAUGCUAUUGAUAUCUUAUAUCCAAAAGAAAAGUAUAAGUAUUAUUAUAACAAAGAUUUAUGUAAAGAAACGAAAGCAGAUGGGUCAAAUGUAUUUGUUCGGAGAGCUGGAAAGUUGGUCCCUCUCACAAGUGUGUUCAAGAGUCAGAGAACAUCUAUGACUGAAUCCAAAAGCAAGAAAACAGUAGAGCUUGUGUAUGUUUAUGAUGGAGGGAAGCUUCUCACACUUGGUGGAUCUCUCACAAAAAUUAAACCCAUCAAACUCAGACUCAGUCCGUGCUAGAGUGGUAUUGCCAAUUGGUGUGCCACCUAUUAUCAAAGGAGAUGCUGGGCAAACAAAGACAAAGAAAGA